CCGCCGUUAAACAUGAAGAAGAAGAAGAAGAAACGCGCGAACACACCCGACGCAUCUUCAGAAACCAUAGCGGAGUACGAGGAGGAACUAUGUCGUUCAGAACAGGAGAACCAGCGGCAGCAGAAACUACUGGACACUGUUUUCAGCCCUCAGGUUUUGUUGCACAGACCAGUGUUUGUGAGGACAGAGGAGCUUCCCCCUGAGCAGCAGGAGUGGAGCUCCAGUCUGGACCAGGAGGACCGGGAGGACCAGGAGGACCAGGAGGACCAGGAGGACCAGGAGGACCCAGAGCCCCCUCACAUCAAAGAGGAACAGGAGGAACUCUGGACCAAUCAGGAGGGAGAGCAGCUUCAAGGACUGGAGGAGGCUGAUAUCACCAAGUUCACAUUCACUCUUGUCCCUGUGAAGAGUGAAGAUGAUGAUGAUGAUGAUGAACCUCAGUCCUCACAGCUUCACAGCUGUGGAGGACCAGAAUCAGACAGGUACUCGGAUCCAGAAAGACAUUUACAAACAGGUUCUGAUGACAGGACCUCAGACUCUUCUGAUAAUGAAGACAGUGGUAAUGAGUGGAAGAAGAAAAAAGAACCUCAGUCAGGUUUAAACUCUAAAGAUAAGGGGUGUAACACUGAAAAGAAACCAUUUAGCUGUUCUGAGUGUGGUAAAAGAUUUACCUCCGAGACAAGUAUGAAGACACACGUGAGAAUUCACACAGGAGAGAAACCGUUCAGCUGUUCAGUUUGUAGUAAAAGAUUUAAACAAAAAAGAAGUAUGACCAAACACUUUGCCACCCACAGAGGUAACACGCCAAUCAGGUGCAGCAUUUGUGACAGAAGUUUUAAAUGGCUUUAUCGGGUCAGGAACCACAGGUGUGUUAGUAAGUCCUCACAGCUGAGUCCGACUGAGGAGAGAGAGGCAGAGCCUCCAGCCAGCAGCUCGCCUGAACACAUGGAGACAGAAGAUUCAGAUCAAUAUUUACAAUCAGAUACUGAUGACAGGACUUCAGACUCUUCUGAACCUGAGACUGAAGACAGUGAUGAUGAUUGGUAUGAGACCAGGGAACCUCAGUCUGCUUUAAUCUAAAAUACAAUGAACUCUCCCUGUCGGUGGUGCCAGAUGUAACACGGGCAAGAAAUCAGUUUCCUGCUCCGAGUGUGGUAAAAGGAAAUCUGAGAAACCACACAACACAUCACACGGGGAAAAUGAUACAGCUGAGAAGCAGACACAGCCACAGAUUGUUUGAGUUGUGAUGAUGCUAUUUACUCUUUACAUUAAGUUUUGAACUGAUUUUAUUAUCGAUUCUAAAGGUAAAUUGUACCAAAAUAUUUAAAAUGAAUUGGGUAGAAAUGUUUUUAAACCUGGAGUGUUUUCAUCUUUAUUUGUCCAGUCACUGUUUUGAAUAAAUGUACAG